GUCUCCAUGAAAAGAUCCACCAAAGCAUUGUUCUUGUACGUAACAAAGCCUUAUCACCCAAGUUUGCAAUCCUUUGUAAGUGACUCGCCUGGGCUUUGAAGAGAUCUAUAAAAGCAAGGUCCACGACAACCCACUCCACCAACCCAACCCAACCCAUUGCCUAACUAACCAUCAACAACAACCCGACCCACCCUCUUAACCUAACCUACACGAUGGCAAGCACUACCACUUCCAAACCACCCAAAACGUCAGACGCGGAGGAGCUCUACGCGGGCCUCCUCGCCACAGGCCGAGAGUGGGUGGACAGCAUCCUCUUUAUGGAACAGGUACAACAGGAGAUCGAGGCCGGGUGCGCGCUUCGCACGGAGCUUCGUACCCAGAAUGAGCGAGCGUUUCUCUCGCUGCUGGCGGCGUUGCCGGACCGCGCCCAGCCGAAUGCCGCUACCCUCCAGCGGCUGGAAGAGACUGCCCAGCAGAUGAGCCACGCGACGGUAUCGCUGCGCGAGAAAUUGAGAGCCUCGCGGCGACAGAUGCCGUUGAACAAGGCUCUCAUUGAGGUAUGGCUGUGGGCGCGCCUGCGCCCUGCGGAUGCGAGCGCGCUGGUUGCGAAGUUGAACGGGGAGCUGGAUUACGAUGCCAGCGGUGGUGAUGACGAUGGUGAGCGGGCGGUGAAAGGCGAGGAAGGAGAUUGUAAAGUGAAAGAGGAGGAUGGCGAGGGCCAGUAGCCCCUGGCCCCUGCCUUAUGCUGCUUCAGUGGAACCCUGUUUCCUUUGUCGGGCUUUGAUCACCACUGUCUUCUCAUGCGAUAUUGCUUUCGCGUGAGAAUUUAACCUGUGGCCAUUUUCUUUAAUCAAUGACAAUGACAUUUUAUCAACAAAUUAAGUCGGAUUCGAUGUUCCACAAAGUAAAAAACUCAAUCCUCAAAUAUUGUCCAGUGGAAUUACUAGAUAGCUGCUACCCUGAGUCUUAUAAACCCUUAGAACUUCUCCUUGUGGUGCGCCACAAACUCCUUCCACGAAGUCGGUUUGUCACCCU